GAGCGACGACCUAUGGUACUCCUCCGUACACCUUUUGUCUAUACGAUUAAUGACAACGAACCAACCUUCUCGAUUACUAAUCUCCAACCAAAAAAAAACACUCUUUGAUGUCAUUCAUUGUAACACAACUUUUCCUUUCGGUCCAUCACACCCUUUCUUGCUUUCUCUCUAGCUAGACGAGAAAAAAAAACACUCGAUUAAAAAUGAUGUUAAUUCGUAAGAUUUUGGGAGCUAUUUGUGGUGAAAAUGAGAUCAAGAAGAUCAAAGGAACAGUAGUGUUAAUGAAAAAAAUCGUUUUAGACUUCAAUGACUUUAAUGAUUUGGUUCUUGAUGGGGUUCAAGAAUUGAUUGGCAAAAAGGUCUCUCUGCAGCUCGUUAGUGCUGUUAAUGGUGACCCGGAGAAAGAAUUGAGAGGGAAACUGGGAAAGCCAGCAUACUUGGAAGACUGGAUUACUACAAUCACUUCUUUAACUGCGGGGGAUUCAGCAUUCAAUGUCACAUUUGAUUGGGAUGAAGAAAUAGCAUUUCCGGGAGCAUUCAUAAUCAAAAACUUCCAUCACAGUGAGUUCUACCUGAAGAGCCUCACGCUUGAAGAUGUUCCCAGUCAUGGUAGGAUCCAUUUUGUCUGCAAUUCUUGGGUUUACCCUGCUGAAAAAUACAAAUAUGACCGCAUUUUCUUCACUAAUCAGACAUAUCUUCCAAGUGAGACACCAGCGCCACUACGUCAGUACAGAGACAAAGAAUUAGUGAACUUGAGAGGAGAUGGAACCGGGAAGCUUGAAGAAUGGGACAGGGUGUAUGACUAUGCUUAUUACAAUGAUUUGGGAAAUCCUGAUAAGGGUGAGAAGUAUGUCAGACAGGUUCUUGGAGGAUCUACCGACUACCCUUAUCCUAGAAGGGGAAGAACAGGCCGGCCACCAACAGAGAAAGAUCCUAAAUCAGAGAGCAGGCUGCCUCUUAUUAAGAGCUUAAACAUUUAUGUUCCGAGAGAUGAGAGAUUUGGCCACUUGAAGAUGUCGGAUUUCUUAGCUUAUGCACUGAAAUCCAUAGUUCAAUUUCUUAAACCCGAGUUUGAGGCUCUAUGUGACAGCACACCUAAUGAGUUCGACACCAUUGAAGAUACACUGAAACUCUAUGAAGGAGGAUUCAAGCUACCUGAUGGCCCUUUACUUGAUAGUAUAAAGGAAAAUAUCCCACUGGAAAUGCUCAAGGAACUCAUUCGGACUGAUGGCGAGGGAUACUCCAGAUUUCCAAUGCCACAAGUAAUCCAAGAGGAUAAAUCAGCAUGGAGGACAGAUGUAGAAUUUGCUAGAGAAAUGCUGGCUGGUGUGAACCCUGUCAGCAUAUCUCGUCUGGAGGAGUUUCCUCCAACAAGCAAGCUGGAUCGUGGAGUAUAUGGCAACCAAAAUAGUUCAAUAACCAAAGAACACAUAGAGAACAACCUAGAUGGUUUAUCAAUAGAAGAGGCACUCAAGAACAAUAGACUAUUCAUAUUGAAUCAUCAUGAUGAUCUGAUGCCAUACGUGAGGCGGAUAAACACAACUUCCACAAAGAUUUAUGCGACAAGGACUCUUCUCUUCUUGCAAAAAGAUGGAUCUUUGAAGCCAUUAGCGAUUGAAUUGAGCCUGCCACAUCCGGAAGGAGAUCAAUUUGGUGCCAUUAGCAAAGUAUACACACCAGCUGAGCAUGGCGUAGAAGGUUCCAUUUGGGAGUUGGCAAAAGCUUAUGUUGCCGUAAGUGACUCUGGCAUUCAUCAGCUGAUCAGCCACUGGUUGAAUACCCAUGCAGCCAUUGAGCCAUUUGUGAUUGCAACAAACAGACAACUGAGUGUGCUUCAUCCAAUUCACAAGCUUCUGCAUCCUCAUUUCCGGGAUACAAUGAACAUAAAUGCAUUUGCCAGGCAGAUUCUCAUCAAUGCAGGUGGAAUUCUUGAGAUAACAGUUUUUCCGGGAAAAUAUGCCAUGGAAAUGUCAGCUGUGACUUACAAGAAUUGGGUUUUUCCUGAACAAGCACUUCCGGCUGAUCUUGUCAAGAGAGGGAUGGCAAUUGAGGACUCAGAUUCCCCACAUGGCGUCCGCCUACUAGUAGAAGACUACCCGUAUGCAGUUGAUGGAUUGGAAAUCUGGUCAGCAAUCAAAACAUGGGUUGAGGACUACUGCAAUUUCUACUACAAGACCGACGAAAUGGUUCAGAAAGACACUGAACUCCAAUCCUGGUGGAAGGAAGUCGUAGAAGAGGGUCACGGUGACAAGAAAAACGAGACGUGGUGGCCUAAAAUGCAGACAUGUAAAGAGCUAAUAGAUACAUGCACUAUUGUCAUAUGGGUGGCUUCUGCACUCCAUGCAGCUGUCAAUUUUGGACAAUACCCUUAUGCAGGGUACCUCCCAAAUCGCCCAACCAUAAGCCGGAGGUUCAUGCCUGAGCCAGACACUCCCGAAUACGAGGAACUCAAGUCCAACCCUGAGAAGGCCUUCUUGAAGACCAUUACCGCCCAGCUGCAGACUCUUCUUGGCAUUUCCCUGAUAGAAAUCUUGUCCCGGCAUUCCUCGGAUGAGGUUUAUCUUGGCCAGAGAGACACUCUUGAAUGGACAGCAGAUGAAGAACCAUUGAAAGCCUUCGGGAAAUUUGGACAGAAGCUGGAAGAAAUUGAGGGAAAAAUUAUAGAGAUGAACAACGAUACGAAAUGGAGAAACAGGGUUGGUCCAGUGAAGGUGCCAUACACUUUGCUCUUUCCUACCAGUGAAGGUGGACUUACUGGCAAGGGUAUUCCUAACAGUGUCUCAAUCUAAAGCUUUUCCUAGUCAGAUUGACUGCUAAUUUGACACCAAAAUUCUAUAGCAGUAAAGCGUGUAUCAUUUAUCAAUUCUUCACUUGUAAUGAUGGUAUGUGUAUGUAGAAUUCUGAGAAUGUUAUAAGUACCUAUCUUAUAAACUUUGUUCUGCUAUAUAUGCCAAAAUAUGGAGGAUCAAGAACUUGCGAGAGCA